UUGAAAAUACUGAUACAGAUCUAUCACCCAAUUUCUACUUCUUGGGAGGAGUAGGAUCACCUUCCCUUUUACAGUUUCCCUUCACUCGCGGUUUGACGUCACCGUUCUUAGGCACACCCAAGGGGCGCUGAGCUAGAAUCGUUCUUUUGGAUUCUAGCCGCGCGGCUUCUCUGUUGCUAUGACAACAACGGUAGUGUUAGUCGUUGUCCCGGAACCUUCUCGGCCCUUUUGUACGGAGCUUAAUCAUUGGUUCUAAAAAGCGGCCUUUAGAAUAAAGGCGCAUGUUCAUUGGUUCCUGAGUUUGCGGAUUUGAUCGCUCGGCGCACUGGACCUUUUUAUUGGGCUUAAAAACAAACAUUGGUAUAAUUAUUACUGCAAAAAUAAAUAGUAAACAAGAGAGCUGCCACGGUGUGAGCACUGACACUCCAAGCAGAAAUCAAUGACAGAAGAAUUUACAUUCAAAACUACAAGAUCUGCUCAACUAGUUCUGUGCUCUCCACAUCUGAAUUCCUUGUGGGCUUGUUGCAAUCCCUGACAUUCUACAUUAGAAACCACUGCCCAAAAUGGAGAGAAUUAAUUCUGAUGCCUCGAGGGUAUAAAAUGCCUGAUCAACUCAAGAAGGUGAAGACCAGAGAAAAGGUAGCAGAUACUAAGUCUCAAAGGGAUUAUUCUGAUCUUAAAAGGCUUCUGGCCUUUCUAAAUGUCCAGUCUAGCAAGCAAAAGUUGCCAGCCCUUAACUUUGAAAAUAUUAAUAAUAAUAUGACGAAGUCUGAACAAUAUUCUAGCAACUCUUGCAAAGAAAAAUAUAGAGGUCAAUGGGAAGAAUCUACUGAAGCUGUUGAACUGGAACACUUCAGUAUGAAUUACAAGAAUGAAAGAAAUUUUAGUCAACAUCCACAGCACAAAUUAUUUCAAGAUAUCUUCGUAGCUUUGGUUAAAAACCGGCUUAUUUGCAGGGAAUGGGCUAACCGAGCUUCAUCUGUCCAUUUUCUAAGAAUUUUAAUUUGUAUAAGAUUAUUAAUGAGAGAUCCAUGCUAUCAGGAAGUUCUUCACGGUCUGGGUGGAAUUGACAGUUUAGCACAGUAUAUGGAAACAGUAACAAAUGAUUAUCUUGCCUAUGGAGAGGAGCAACACAACAUAGACAAAUUAGUCAACAUGAUAUAUAUUAUUCAAAAACUUUCAGGGGUUAAAGAUCAAAGAGAAUGGGUUACAGCCAGUGGAGCACAUAAGACUUUGAUUAAUUUACUAGGAACUAGAGAAAAUAAUGUGCUAGUAGGUUCACUGCUUGCUCUCACAAGCUUGGCAGAAAGCCCUGAAUGUCGUGAGAAAAUAAGUGAGCUGAAUGUUGUCGAAAAUUUAUUGAUGAUAUUGCACGAAUACGAUUUGCUCUCUAAAAGAUUGACAGCAGAAUUACUCCGCCUCCUUUGUGUGGAAUCAAAAGUCAAGGAACAAAUCAAGUUGUAUGAGGGGGUGCCUAUUCUGCUUAGCCUUCUCCAUUCUGAUCAUCUAAAACUACUCUGGAGUGUAGUUUGGAUUCUUGUACAGAUUUGCGAAGAUCCUGAUACCAGUGUUGAAAUUCGAAUUUGGGGUGGAAUCAAACAGCUCCUUCAUAUUUUGCAAGGGGAACGAAGUCUGUUUUUGGAUCGUUCUUCCAUUGGGAGUUUAUCUAGUGCAAACAUAGCUGGGAGAAUCCAGCAGCUUCAUUUAUCAGAAGAGUUAAGCCCGCAUGAAAUACAAGAAAGUACAUUUUCUCUUCAAGCAGCCUGUUGUGCCGCAGUUACUGAAUUGGUCCUUAAUGACACCAAUGCCCAUCAAGUAGUACAGGAGAAUGGGGUAUAUACAAUAGCAAAACUGCUUUUACCUAAUAAGCAAAGGAACAUAGCAAAGGCUAAUUUAUUACAGUGUUAUGCAUUCAGAGCUCUGAGAUUUCUUUUCAGUAUGGAAAGGAAUAGACAUCUUUUUAAAAGGCUCUUUCCCACAGACUUGUUUGAAAGCUUCAUAGAUGUUGGGCAUUAUAUUCGUGAGAUCAGUGCCUAUGAAGAGCUAGUACUGAAAUUAAAUGCGUUACUGGAGGAUGAAGUUAAGCAAAUUGCUGAAAAUAUUGAAAAUAUUAAUCAGAAUAAAGCACCAAUGAAAUACAUAGGCAAUUAUGCAGUUUUGGAUCAUCUUGGCAGUGGAGCAUUUGGAAGCGUUUAUAAGGUUAGAAAACAUAGUGGCCAAAACUUUCUAGCAAUGAAAGAGAUUAAUUUACAUAAUCCAGCAUUUGGAAAAGAUAAAAAAGAUCGAGAGAGCAGUGUAAAGAACAUAGUCUCUGAAUUAACCAUAAUUAAAGAACAGCUUUAUCAUCCCAAUGUUGUACGAUACCACAGAACCUUUUUAGAAAAUGAUAGAUUGUAUAUUGUCAUGGAGCUCAUAGAAGGAGCACCCCUUGGAGAACAUUUUCAUUCUUUGAAGGAAAAACAACAACAAUUUACAGAAGAGAGAAUAUGGAAUAUAUUCAUUCAACUGUGUUUAGCUCUUCGUUAUUUGCACAAAGACAAGAGGAUUGUCCAUAGAGACCUCACUCCAAACAAUAUCAUGCUGGGAGAUAAGGAUAAAGUAACAAUCACUGACUUUGGUCUUGCAAAGCAAAAACAGGAGAACAGCAAACUCACUUCAGUUGUUGGAACUAUUCUGUAUUCCUGCCCUGAAGUUGUAAAGAGUGAGCCAUAUGGUGAGAAGGCUGAUGUCUGGGCUGCAGGAUGUGUUUUAUAUCAGAUGGCAACACUCAACCCUCCAUUUUAUAGUGCCAACAUGCUCUCCUUAGCAACUAAAAUAGUAGAAGCUGUUUAUGAACCAGUACCAGGAGAUAUAUAUACUACAAAGAUAUCAGCUGUCAUAAAAAAAUGUUUGACCCCUGAUGCAGAAAUCCGUCCUGAUAUAGUAGAGGUCAGUUCAAUGAUUUCAGAUGUUAUGAUGAAGUAUUUAGAUGGAUUAUCAAAUUCCCAGCUUGUCUUGGAGAAGAAAUUGGAACGGGAAAGAAGGCGUACUCAGAGAUAUUUCAUGGAGGCCAAUAGGAAUGCAAUAAAAUGUCACCAUCAACUUGCUGUGUUAUCUCAGGAACGUUAUGAAAAGUCAAGUUUCAGCAGCAGUAGUAGUGGAGCAGCUAGUUUAAAAAGUGAAUUUUAUGAAAAUACUGAUACUCUAUCUGAAAACCUCCACCAGUUUUCUGGAAAAGAUGAAGAGAAAGAUGAAACUCUGUCAGAUGAUAACUGCAUUUUAGAAAAUACAGAAAAAGAUGUCUUUUCAGAAUUUGAUGAUGAAUUGGAUAUUGCAGAUCAUUCUAGCAGUUCUAGUUCAAGUCCCCUUAAAGAGUCAACAUUUGGCAUAAAACGCAGCUUAAGUGCUUAUGAAAGACAGCCUCAGGCAAGAGAUUACACUGGAAUUCCAGGAUUCAGACCAAGACCCGCUUUGCUGCCCCUUGAUCUGCUUCUGAAAAUGCCUUCGUUCAUGUUCAGGGCCCACGUUAAGAAAAUAGAGGAUUCGUUAGUGACAGGGUGGAAAUCCCAUAGCCUUCCUGCUGUGAUUCUGCGCAAUCUGAAAGAUCAUGCAUCAGCUGGGAUUGCUGUAUCACAACGGAAGGUGCGUCAGAUCAGUGAUCCUAUUCAACAGAUUCUAGUUCAGCUGCACAAAAUUAUUUACAUCACUCAGCUGCCACCAACACUUCAUUGCAAUUUGAACAGAAGGAUUAUCGAGAGAUUCAAGAAAUCUUUAUUCAGUCAGCAGAGUAAUCCAUGUAAUUUGAAGUCUGAGAUUAAGAAGGUACUUCAAGGUUCCCCAGAACUGAUUGAACCUAAUUUUUUGACUUCAGAUUGUCAUUUGUUGCUUCACUCUUCAAGUGGCAGUACUUUAGUCCUAGAUGACAGACCUGGUCUUCUUGGCACUUUUGACAUGGAUGAAGGAAUGACAUAUGAACAAAUGCAGACUGUAAUUGAAGAGGUUCUGGAGGAAUGUGGAUAUUACAAUUUUACCUCAAGCAGGUAUCAGUACUAUCCAUGGGGCGCAAGAAAUCAUCCAGCCAGAAGAUGAGCACCUGGAAUUUUGACUACAUUGGCGGAUUUUCUACUAAAGUCUAAAUGUCUCGACUUUAGCUGUUAUUUUCCCACUGCUAAAGGGAAACACUGCGUAAAACACAGGACAAAAGGAAACACCCAGAAAUCAUUCAGAUCUUCCAUGUAGUUUACAAAGAAUCAUCAAGCAGUAGAACUCUAGUACAUAUCUCUGGCAGUAGGUAUAUGCAGUAUAGUUUUGAUGUCAAGAUAUGGUUUAUGCAAAAUGUAAACUUUCUUCCAAGUACUUUGACUAAGAUGACAAUGCACAGUUCUUCAGCCCAUUCUUGAUUUUUGGAAUGACCUGUUGAAUACUCAGGUUUAUUAGAAAUCUCAGUUUUUACAGAUUUCUUAAUAUCAGAGAAUCUAUUUUUUAUAAUGGAAUAUAUUUUUGGGCAGAGAGCAAUUCAGAAUGUUUAAGGAAAGGGGACAAAGUCUAACUAUAUUAGAAUCAAAAAUUGCUUGGGAAUCAGAAAUGAGCAUUCCAAAUACUGUUUUAAUUACUCAAAAUAGUUGAGAUUUAUGCUGCAAAUAUGAUAUAGACAGUAUUUACAACUUUCACAAUUUCUAACAUUUGUUAAAUCCAAAGAUUAGAGCAUGGAACAUGCUUAGAUUCUAUAAAUAAGUAAAUAUCAAUAUCUAGUCUAGAUAUAGAUGUAAAGCCACAGAUAAACAUAAGAGUUAUAUUUAUAUUAAAUACUCUAAUUAAUUAUUAUUGCUAAUUAGAUAUGUAACAAACACUGCACUUUUGAAAAACUGAAAGUCUUUCUGAAAAAUGUUUGUAAAAUAGUAAUGCACACAUUAUUGUCAUCUGGACAUUUCUUUACCUUUAACAUAUUUCAGCUUUACUAAAUCUUCAAUUUAGUAAAUGUAUGGUUAUCCACAGUGAUGUAAAUGUUAUAGAUUGGAUGUAAUAUUUCCAAAUUCCAUUGACUUUUUAAAAUGAUAAUAUGUUUGAAAAUUUUAAUAUAGGCUUUAAUCCUUGGACAUGUAAGGUGAAGGGUAACAUCAAAUAUUGUGUUAGGGAAUUGAAAGAGAAAAAGAAAUCAAUUCUACCAACUAUAUCUGUUGGUAGUUACACUGUUGUUUACAUAAAAUGUAAUGUAUAUGUACGUUAACAAUAUUUUUGAAGUUACACACUUACAGUAAUUUAAAUUACUAGGAAGCAUAUUACUUAAUAUAGCAUACUAUAUUUAGUUGAGGGAGACAUAGAGGGAGACCAAGGAAGAAAGUAUGUUCAGAUUUGCCUAUUCUAACAUAUCUUAAUCUUCUAUAAAUGAUAAAAUGGAUUUGAGAUAAAUGAAAAAGAACUUUUGAAAUCAAAGUAAGAAAACUGCAACAAAAUAUCACAAAGCAAAAAUACCAUCUAGCGUUGCCAUUUGUCAUUUUCAAAAGGCAGUAAUAUUUCAGUAAUAUUUCACACAUAUUUCUUCUACAUUUAGGUGCUAAAGUUCGUAAUGAAGAUGCACAUACUGAAAUUUUCAGUAAGACUGCAUGACUCAGAGAUUGGCUAGGUUCCUAUAUGUAUGUACAGUGUGUUUUAGGGGCUAUGGAUCUUCUUUGCAUUUUGCUUGUUUACCACAAUAAAAUCAAUAGAACCAAGCAGUUGCAUGGUUCAUGGUGGCAAAUAUUUUUACACAACAAUUUUAUUCAAGAAAUUUCAUAUGAAAACUGUAUUAAUUCUGAUGGAUAUUGAUAGACAACAAAAUUUCAUAGAAAAAAUAGUAAAUAAUACAGUGACAAUUGCAAAGGGGGGGGGUCAAGAUGUUAUCCACAGAAUCAUGAUGAAAACCCCACCCCUUUCUUCAUGUAUCAGAUAUUGGCACACAUACAAAAGAGGAAGAUUUCAAUCACAAAGCCACAACCACAGUCUGUUUUGCUGCUGCCUACAACCACUGAAUUGAGCAGUCAAAAAUUAAAAACAGGCCAAAUUCUGCUCAGACUGCAUUGCCUCAAAAGUGAUUCUUAAUAAUUAAGGAAUUGAUAGCUCUGAGUCAUGUCAAAUACGUUUUGCUAAAAUUGAUAGAAACUGUUACCCAAGAAUCUGUUUGAAUCCAAAGUGUCUAUCCCUCACAGUUUUUUAUACCUAGAUUCUGUCCUGUACCAAAUUAAGCCAGUGCAGAUUUACAUGUGGUUCUUCAAACUACAGACAACAGAAGGGGCAGCUUUUCAGAUAUAAAAGGCAUACUAUAAAUUUCAAGGAAACUCUGCUUCCUGUCACUGCUGAUAUCACAGUGUAGUUAACGGUCUUUGUAGUUGUAUAAAUUUCCCUCCAAUUUUUUAAUGCUCUUAAGAUAGACCAAAUGCUUGUAAAAUGAUACUGAAUCUGAUAGUACCAUUUGUAAUUACCUUUGAAAUGGGAACCAUAUGAGAGUAUGAUUACACAUUUUGAAAUUUCAAAUAAUAAAGCAUGUUGAUUACUUUUUAAAAACUGUUUAUAAUUAUACAGAUAACCUUAAAAACUCAGCAUUUACCAUUUUGGGAAUAAAAGUAAAAGUAUGGCAUCUUUUUAGCUUUAGAAUCUCAGGCUACCAAAAUCAUUGGAUGGUCAAACAUUUGCAUUCACUUUUAAUGUGACUUUUAAUUUAAAAUAUCAUCUAAUGAAAACAGAACACUCUACCUAGAACAAUCAUUCCAGACACUGAAAUUGAGACAAGUUCUUAUUAUUUUUGUCUAUAUUUUCUUAUAACAAUUAUGUUUUCAAGAGUCAGCAGGAAAAAAUAAAAAAUGAUUUUUAAUGCAA